GCGGCUCAGCUUUCUGUCGUUUAAGCUUGUCAUCGGCCCGCCGAUUUGGAACACCUCCUAUCCUGGCAUCUGUUUCGUUCUCGAAAACCGGGAUCAUCUUGCGUUGGCCAUGGUAAUCUGACCUGUGUCAACGGAGGUGUUCAGUGGGAGGCAGCUGAAGUCCGAGAGCCUCUUGAAGCUUCGAGGAGACGGACAGAAGCCACUCAGGCUUCGUGAACUCGACCCGUGAGGACUGGGCCCCGGAAACUGAAGACAAAAUGAAUGUCCUAUCGGCUGUACGACUGUACCUCAACGGCAUGAUCGACCAGGCUGGGAGUGGGAUGAAAGUCCUGCUCAUGGAUAGAGAUACGAUAUCGUUCGUGAGCGUGGCGUUUUCUCAGAGCGAUAUGCUGGCCAAGGAGGUUUAUUUGUUCGAGCGAAUCGACAAAACGCGGUCCGACGAGGUGAUGAAAUACCUGAAAUGCAUCGUUUUCAUUCGACCAACGGAAGCGAACAUCAAGCUCCUGAUCGGGGAGCUGAGAGCUCCGCGCUACGGGGAAUACUUCCUGCACUUCUCGAACUCGAUUCCUCGGAGCGACGUGAAGAAACUCGCCGACGCGGAUGACUUCGAAUCUGUGAAAGAGGUCCAAGAGUGCUACAGUGACUUCAUUGCGCUAGCACCGCAUCUUUUCUCUCUGAAUCUAGAUCGUUGCUUGGAGGGCAUGCUGGUACCCGCGGCGUUGCAACGCUGUGCUCAGGGUCUGAUCGGAUCUUUUCUAUCGUUGAGAAAGUGUCCUGUGAUCCGAUACCAGGCCAGCUCGGAUAUAGCGAAGCGAUUAGCCGAUCUGGUCAACCAAGAGAUGAUGCGUGAGAGCAAGCUCUUCGAAGAGCCCAAAAGCGACUUGAGCCCUCUAUUGGUCAUAGUCGACCGACGGAGCGAUCUCGUAACGCCCAUGCUGAACCAAUGGACCUACCAAGCGAUGGUUCACGAACUUCUCGGCAUCAAGAACAAUAGAGUAAACUUAUCGCAUCUCGAAACAGUCGCGAAGGAGCUCCACGAUGUCGUGCUCUCAGCCGACCAAGACGAUUUCUACAUGAAGAACCAGUAUCUGAACUUCGGCGAGAUCGGAACUAAUAUAAAAUUGUUGGUGGAAGAAUAUCAGCAGAAGUCCGAGUCCAGCAAAGCGAAUCUCGACUCGAUCCAGGACAUCAAACAAUUCGUGGAAACCUAUCCCCAAUUCCGAAAAAUUCAAGGAACAGUGGCGAAACACGUGGCCAUAGUUGGAGAGUUGUCCAGGCUCGUGGGAUCCCACAGCCUUCUGGAAGUGAGCGAAGUCGAGCAGGAGAUGGCCUCUCAGGGAGAUCAUCAGUUUAUCUACGAGAGGAUUCGUCAGCUGAUCGGGUCGACCCGAGCCCGGGACAUCGAUGCGCUUCGACUGGUCUGUCUCUAUGCUAUAACAUUCGACAAACAGCCCCGUUCUGAUCUGCCGAGUUUAUUGCGGAUGCUCGAACAUCGCGGCAUGGACCGCGACCAACAAGAUAUCGUCCAGAUGGUACUGGAUCAAUAUCGUAGAUGCAGCGCCGCAGGCAACGCAACCGAAUUCACGACCGAGAACGUCAGGGCUUUCACCCGCAAAAUGAUAAAAGGUCUCAAAGGUGUCGAGAACAUCUACACUCAGCAUUCCCCUAUGGUGAAGGAGCUCUUGAGCGACAUCGCGCGAGGUCGACUGAGAGACGCGGCGUACCCCCUCGUGGGAGGUGGGGCGUCCGUCGUCGCCCGGCACCAGGAUAUAAUUCUUUUCAUGGUCGGUGGCGUCACCUACGAGGAGUCAUUAGUGGCUUGUCAGAUCAUGCAGCAGUUCCCUGGGGUUCGAGUUCUUCUGGGUGGAAGCAAUGUCCAUAAUUUCAGCUCUUUCCUGGAAGAAAUCAAGUUGUCCCAGCGCAAGAAACCCGGGAAUCCUUUCGAAUCGAGUGAUUCUUGGAGACGAUAGCGAUUCCUACAAUUACACCUUGAUGUCGAACCCGCAAGAGCGAAUUCCGCUCGAAGCAACAUCGUGAGCGUAAUAUAUACAUAUACAUGAAACGAAAACUAUAGAUGUACAUUGCUAGGAUUAUCUGUUGACCAUGCUCGAAUCACAGUCAUCGAGACCUCGGUUCUGAUAUGGCGGCGAUCUGUUGACUCGCAAGAAGUCUCCUGAAUGUGAGAAUAAAACCAUACCA